ACCUACUCGAGGCCACGUACCUGUUUACAGCUUCUCGUUGUAGGAUGCAACAAUAACAAGUUGCAAAUGAGUAAAAAGGGUAAAAAUAACCUCGGUCACCAGCCGCUCGGUAAUCGCCAUUUUAUCAUUAAACCUGUCAUGCGACUUCUUACCCGUUUAAAAAACUAAUGACAUUGACACUGACAGCGAUCCUCUGUACUACAUACGGAUGAUAAAUGCCGGGCAUUGCCAGGUGGGGCGAUAACCUCCCUGCCGAACUAUGUCGAAAUCGAGAGCUUGUAAGAAUUUGUUUAUUGAUGCGUAUUACGCACGCAAAUACAAGCGUGUAGUCCGUACUGCUUAACCCUCGGAUAGGUUAUUCCGUUAUUGUCGCCGAAAGUCAAACGAGAAGGUAGUCGAUUUUCAUCAACGAUUAUUGCAAAUCGCGAUUUCUCUCUCAUCUCUCUCACACAGUUUAUUUCUGCUUGAAAGUCGAACGUUCACACCUUUUCCUUCAAAAGGAUUUCAAAAAAUGGAUUAUUAACAGAUUGUUGAAUUCAUUGCCAAUAAGGAAACAUGCUGUAUUUACGGAUACUUUGCCGUGCUAAAGACAGAUCCACUGCACUAUUGGUAAAGCCAGCGGGAUAUGGCUCAUUGUACGUUCUGAAGAAUAAAUAUCUAUUGCACAAACGAGCGUACCAUUCGUCACGUGAAAACUUUUCAAAAGAUGGAUAUAAGAAGUAUAUUGGAUGUAUUGGGGUGGUAUCGAUACUCGGAUUUUACUAUUACUAUACAUCGAGCAAGUGGAGAGCUUUUGCUCGGGAACAUGGGAUUGAGUCACACUCUAGACAAACCUCUAGUCCUGGAGAAUUUGACUCGAGCUAUAAAUCUUAUACUUUGUCAGAGGUGGCUAAACAUGACAAUAAGAAUGACGGUAUUUGGGUGACGUACAAGCAAGGUGUCUAUGACAUAACAGAUUUUAUUGAGAAGCAUCCUGGUGGUGCUGGAAAGAUAAUUAUGGCUGCUGGUGGCUCCAUUGAACCAUUUUGGAUGAUAUUUUCUAAUCACAAUAAGCGUGAUAUCCACGAUCUGCUGGAAUCGAUGCGAAUUGGAAAUAUUUCCAAGGAAGAAGCAUCAACUGCCAUUGAAGGAAUGGAGGAUCCUUAUGCGAAUGAUCCACAGAGGCACAAGAUUUUAAUAAUAAAUAACCCGAAACCAUUCAAUGCAGAAACACCUGCACCGUUGCUAGUUGAGAGUUUUCACACACCCUCGGAUCUUUUCUACGUUAGAAAUCACCUUCCAGUUCCUGACGUAGAUCCUCAAACUUAUGAACUUGAAAUAGCGAUAGAAGAGGAUACCAAGAAAGUACUGAGGCUAGAUGACAUUAAGAAAUAUCCAAAGCACACUGUGAGCAGUGCGAUAAUGUGUGCUGGUAACAGACGAUCAGAGAUGGCAAAGGUAAAGGCAGUAAAAGGACUGAGCUGGAGUGUCGGAGCUGUUGGAAAUGCAACGUGGUCAGGAGCCAAACUGUGCGAUAUUUUAAACGAACUAAACGUCAAAGAGGAAGACUAUGAGCACAUACAAUUCGAAGGACUUGACUUGGACCCUAUGAACUCACCUUACGGCUCUAGUAUACCGAUAAGCAAAGCAAUAGACCCUAAAGGGGACGUUAUAUUAGCGUAUGAAAUGAAUGGGGAGCCACUGCCCAGAGAUCAUGGAUUUCCUAUAAGAGUUGUUGUUCCUGGAGUGGUGGGAGCGAGGAAUGUAAAAUGGCUAGGUCGAAUCAUUGUAUCAAAGCACGAAAGUGAAUCACAAUGGCAGCAGGGUGACUACAAGGGAUUUUCACCAAGCACUGAUUGGGACACUGUUGAUUUCUCCAAAUCACCUGCGAUACAGGAAUUGCCAGUAAUUUCUGCAAUCUGUACUCCGCAACCUGGCGAUCAAGUCGUAGUCCAAAAUGGGAAAAUUAAAGUAGCAGGAUAUGCAUGGUCAGGUGGAGGCCAAAAAAUAGUUAGAGUCGAUGUGACGAUCGAUGGUGGCGACACCUGGCAUACAGCCGAAUUUGUGGCCCAAGAUUUAUCUAAACCUGGACGUCACUGGAGUUGGACGUUGUGGCAAGUUGAAAUUCCGGUCAAAGAAGGGGAUAAGAAUGUUGAAAUUUGGGCUAAGGCUGUAGAUUCGAUGUACAAUGUUCAGCCGGAAUCAUUUAAGAACAUCUGGAAUCUUAGAGGUGUACUAAAUAACGCUUAUCACAGAGUUAAAAUUGAUUUGAAAUAAAAAAAAUAAAAUACACAACUCACAAUCAGUUGGAUGAUUAAGAAGUACCUAAUUAAAAUCAAUAUCCUCAAUCGGCAUGGUAGAUAGAAACAUUACGGAAUUUUAUUACCUAUCAAAGUCUAUAUCAUAAUUCUAAUUAUUGGCACUAAUUUGAUUUAUAAUACACUUCACUCAUCUGGUGCCGAGUGGUUUGGUCGUCGUUCGUAGUACGCAUGUAAUCUAUGACGCCCUCGAAACUCAAAUUCAGCUGUUUAUCUUCGUAAAGAUCAUGUAUUUCAAAAAUUGGUCUGGGCUCAGUGGAUCUUUUUCCAACCACUACGAUAUAUGGAUACCCAGUUUUCCUCGCAUCGAUCAUACGUUUACCAAUUGUGAAA